CAUAUCGUACAACAAACUGACGACAAUCGAUCAUAUUUCUAAUUCUAAGAUUAACAACAGAGCAGUAUUAUCGAAUCCACAUAUACCCUUUCCGCCAUCAUAUACAUACAAUACGACAUCAGACUCAUCGCCCAUACGGUAUAUGAAGACAGCGAUUGCGAACACACAUUGAUACCGACAUCCAGAAAAACUAAGGCGGGGUGAACAGCUAUGGAUGUGCUUGAGAAGGAGCUUAACAAGCUACAAAGGGACUCCAGCUUUGAUCAAAGUAUUGAGGAUGUGGAAAAGAUCAUAGAGCAACUUGAGCGAGCAAGAUACUGUAUCGAAUCAGGUAAAUAAGUUCUCUACUCCAAAGAAGCAAGCCUACGACGAGAGAUAGGGACGUGAAGACAUGGAAGUUUUGAAUGUCCCUAUUGCCACCUUGCGUUCUCUCUAUCGGCAGUGGAUAGUCACUGAACUGUUCUUUUCGUCUAGAGCCUCAUUCCGUUUCCAUAACUUUAGCCAGACUUCAAAACCCGCUGAAAAAUGGAUUUGAUAAAGUUAAUGAUGAUAUCAAGAAGAUCCACAAAGCCCAUACUACCUACGGCAAGGCCUUAAAUGCGGUAAGUGAUGCAUACUUAUAGUGAUACAUAUGACUAUGAGCUGACCAUCUUCUCUUCAGAACCUCCCAAAACAAACAUUACCGACUGAGAUCGAUGCCCUCGCAAGCUAUCCAAAACUCGUAAAUCGAGCUAUCACCAUGCAUCUCUUACGCGAAGGACAAUUUGGCGUAGCUUCGACGUUCUUCGAAGAAACACAAAAUUUCCGGGAGAGUGGCUCGAGCCGGGAAACAAAUGGAGACUCGUUCGCAUCACGGAGGGACGAAAUCUCCGCAUCAGAUGGGGAUGUUUUGGACGGCCUCGCUGCCGAAGAAUCACAAGGACUACAAGGGGAAUUCGAGACCAUGUAUAAUAUUUUACACCAACUCAAACAACGAAACCUUCGUCCUGCAAUAGAGUGGGCACAAAAAAACAGCAAAGAGCUAGAAAGUCGAGGUAGUAAUCUCGAAUUCGAACUUAACAAGCUACAAUUUGUUUGGCUAUUUCUAGGCCCAAACGUGAAUGGCCUUCCAGACGACGAAAACAACGGCCUACCAGGCGCGCUUCGCUACGCACGCAUUUACUUUCCUCAAUUCCAAGGCCGUUUUCUCCGCGAAAUCCAACAGCUCAUUACUGCUAUGGUCUUCGAAUCCAAUCUUCAAAAUUCACCCUAUCAACAAACCUUCAAUACCUCCACCUCAUGGUCAGACGUCUGCAACUCUUUCACGCGCGAAUUCUGUUCGCUUCUCGGCCUCUCCGCUGAAUCCCCACUUUACCUCGCUGCCACAGCAGGUGCCAUCGCCCUUCCCACCCUCAUAAAACUCGCUUCCAUUGUGAAGGAAAAACGCACAGAAUGGACGACAGCAACAGAACUUCCGGUAGAGAUCGCAUUGCCCAGAAGUAUGAUGUUCCAUCCGAUUUUCGUGUGUCCGGUGAGUAAAGAACAGACGAGUGAAACGAAUCCGCCCAUGAUGAUGCCGUGUGGUCACGUGGUUGCGAAGGAAAGUCUGCAUAGGUUGAGUAAGGGUGGGAGGUUUAAAUGUCCGUAUUGUCCGAAUGAGAGUCAACCGAAGGAUGCGAGGCAGAUUUAUUUGUAGGGAAGCGCGGGAAAUACGCAUGGGCGUCAUGGGAAGGUGAAUAUAAGCUUUGUGGCCGGCGUAUGUCUUGGAUUAAAUAUGGAUGGAUGGGCUGCGUUGGGCUAGGAUAUAGCAUUACAGGAUUGGACGGGGCGUUUAUGGGAUUUUUGACACACACAUACAUAUAUGUUGAGGUCGAGGUCUACGUUUCAGAUUGUGCAAGCAACGCGAAUAGCGAUUGGACGAAGAGAGUUCUUCAUACAUUAGCAUCAACUCAACUUUGAAUCAGAAAGAAUGGAUUAUAUCACAUCAGUGUACGCACGCGCAACACCAAAGGCUGCGUCAUGCAAAAUGUAGAUGAAGGAGAAAAGGAGAAAACAGGUCAGAAAUGGUCAAUCUAACGGAUGAUGAAGUAAAAUUGUCGGGAAAUCAAUUGAAUAGAAGUGACAGUAAUGAAUUAUUCAGACGUGCAGCAAAUGUCUCCUGCUUGCUUUAAGCAGUCAAGGGAAAUAGGAGAGAUAAAGGCAGGGAGGUAAAUGUGUAUGGAAGGUGGGAAUGAUGUUUGUCGUAACUGAGAGUGACUGGAAUACAUGUACUCGAGUAAUGUGAGUGGCAGCGCAAGUGAUAUCAA